AUGUCGACGAGCAAGCAAGAUAAACGACAAAAGUUCAUCGAUGCAUUUGCCAGUAUCCGCGAUGAGCUGAUUGCUCAUAUGGCAACCGAGAAUAUGCCUAAGGAUGCUCAAGAGUGGUUCAAAAACAACUUGGAGUACAACGUACCCGGCGGGAAGCUCAAUCGCGGGAUAUCGGUGACAGAUACGGUUGAGAUCUUGUUUGGCAGGCAACUUAGUGACAAGGAGUAUCAGAGGGCAGCGAUCCUUGGUUGGAGUGUCGAGUUGCUCCAGGCGUUCUUCCUCGUAUCAGACGACAUGAUGGACCAAUCCAUCACACGUCGUGGCCAGCCAUGCUGGUACCGCCAACCCCACGUCGGAAACAUCGCAAUAAACGAUUCCUUCAUGCUCGAAGCAGCGAUCUAUCACCUCUUCCGCCAACACUUCCGUCACGAACCCUAUUACGCAGACUUACUCGACCUCAUGCACGAGACGACUUAUCAAACGGAAAUGGGUCAACUCGUCGAUUUGAUUACGGCUCCGGAGGAAUCUGUCGACUUGAGUAAAUUCUCGUUGGAGAAACAUCGGUUUAUCGUGCUGUAUAAGACUGCGUAUUAUUCGUUCUAUCUACCUGUCGCACUAGCACUUUACUUCGUUUCUCCUACGGUACCCUCUGUCGCCACUCCCCAAUCUCUUAAGCGCGCGAAGGAUAUUCUCUUACCACUCGGCGAAUACUUCCAGGUCCAGGACGAUUACCUUGACUGCUUCGGCACGCCCGAGCAAAUUGGGAAAGUCGGAACAGAUAUCAUCGAUAAUAAGUGUUCAUGGCUGAUCAACGUCGCACUCGCUCACGCAAGCACUGAACAACGUAAACUUCUGGAUGAGUGUUACGGACGCAAGGACGCAGAGAAGGAGAAGAAAGUGAAGCAGGUGUACGAUGAGCUGGAUUUGAAAGGGAAGUACGAGAAGUACGAGAAGGAAAGCUAUGAGAAGGUUACGGGCCUCAUCAACCAGCUCCCUGCUGAUGGUCCUCUCAAACGUGAAGUGUUUACGAGUUUCUUGGAGAAGAUUUACAAGCGGACGAAAUAG